AUGCUGAAGGUGCGUAGCGCAUCACGGCCGUGGAGCGUAAUACGUGUUGACGAGCGCGCGUUGCACAGAAUACUGCCACCCGAGGCCGCCCCCGCCUGUCCCGAACACCGCACCGUUCACUCUCGCGGACCUAGGAGGCACAUAUCCAGCGCUGUCGACAUCGGCACCACCCUUUCCGGCGUCGGCAUCCUCGCCGCCGGUGGGGCCGCCACCACACUUCACCGUCCGGCUCGCGUCGCUCCUGAACCGCCGCCCAUCGCUCCGCGAAACAAAGGCCCACACGACCCACGGCCCAACCAAGAUAGACCCAGAGUCAGCCGACACACCCUCGCCCGCCUCCGCCUUCCGCAAGACACGCUCGCUCUCGCUCCUGAGCCUAUGCCCCAGAACCCACGCGCACAGCCGCGGCGCCUUCCCGACGAGCGCGAGCGUGGCGAUCGGCCUCGGCGCAUCGCGCGCACGGCGGGCGGACGCAGAGCCCGAGCGGCCGCCCACCGUCGUGCUCCCGCACGACGUCGUGCAUGCGCUCGUCGACGCCGUCGUAUUCCCGCAGGCGUGUCUGGGUCCGACGAUAAGUCAGGAGAGGGUGGACGCGAGCUUGCCUGCGAUCGUGGUGUCGUCGCCACAUGGGAGUUCCGUGUAGAUUGCCAGUAUUAUUGGGUCCUGGCCGGGUGCGGGUUGGGUGUCCCAGGCCACGCGUGUCUCUUGAAGUGCUGGUCCAUACGCGACAACGGGCUUUCCAGAGUGAGGAAGACGGUGGAGGAUAGUUCGGCUGAAGCCGAGCCGGAGCGUGAAAUGACGGACCGCAACGGCUUUGCCUCCGUCGAGUUGUCACGAUUUCGGUUCGGUUGCCGUUUCAUCACAGCUGAAACGACACAACGAACUCGCAACGACCGUGCGGGGCCCCAACGACGCACGGGCAGUCCCUCGUAUCUCGGUAAGCUUGAUGCGACCGACAUCAGCCCACGCCGCGUCGACAACCUCGCACCCAAACCCUGCGUACAGAGGCCUGAGCUGCUUAGCUGCCAAUAUGCAAGAGAGAUAAGCAUACGAGGUUCGGGCUCGCGGUUCGGACCUACGUGUGUGGGCACGAUGCUCCGAUAUUUUUGUAUCCUCGGAGUCGAAGGAUGCGAUCUACCAGGCUAA